UCCAUUCAGCUGUAUUUCAUGCGCCAUUAGGUAAAAAUGUUUUUUGUUACUGCUAUUGGUGUUGUCUUAGCAAUAUUUUAUUGUCUAUUGGGAAGUUAAAGGUGUGUCAAGGUUUACGUUAGAAUUUAUUGUUGUAAAUUAGUUUAGCAUAAUGUUGGAGUCUAUUUAUGUUACAUUUGUUAUUAUCACUUUUAGAAUGAGACUGAAAUUAAAAUCAUCGAUUGUUGACGAAUAUUUCUUAACAAAAAAAAAUGACAACGCUAAUCAGGUGGAAAGUGCCACAGCAGUGACAAGGAAUGAAGUUGAGGUUCCAAGAUUAAGUAGCAGUGAACAGUUUAGACAAAAAGUGAGCAGCGCUGACAGGUUUGGACGGCGCUUAACUCGGAAUGUUGCAGCAGCUGGGAGGACUCGAAGUCGAUCUUUUGACCAUCAUUCAGAUUCUGAAUCAAAGCUUUAUCAUAACUGGCGAAGUGUUGAAAAUCUAUCAAGUGUUGAUAGCAUGCUUGGUGAAAGAUGUGAUGUAGAAGAUAAGAGAAUUACAAAAGGAUAUGAAAAAUGUCCAUUUUCCUACCUAGGGUGCAGUAUAAUGGGUACUGCUAUUGAACUUGAGAUUCAUUGUAAAAGAAACAAUGAGGUUCAUUUGAAAUUGGCUUGUAAGUUAUACACUCAACAUAGUGACCAAAUAAAAGAAUUGAAAAAAGAAAAUAUGUUCAUUAAUGAAAGAUAUUUACAAUCUUUAAAAGAAAUCGAACUAUUAACUUUGCAAUGUGAUGAACAUAUUAAAUCUAUGGAUACAUAUGUGAAAAACGAAUUUGAUUUUUGUAGUUCAAAUUCUGUAAAAAAUGAGCAAUCAACAGGGGAAUGCAUGGAAGCUGAUAACGAUGGAAAUGAUUUAAUAGGAAGAAUCUCUAAUUUGAAAUUGUAUGUUGCGCGUAUGCAACAGAAGUAUUCACAUCUACUUUCAAUAAUUGCAGAGAACAGGAAGUUGAAGGAAGAACACAAUUCGUUAAGGUCCAUGCUAACAGAGAAAGAAGCAGCUUUGUUAUCUUUUCAACAUAAAGAAGAACAGCAUAAAGAAGAAGUAAAUAUCAUUGCAAAAAAAUUACAAGUAACUUUGAAUAAUGAAGCUCUUUUGAGAUCGAAAAUUGUUGUUAGCGAAAGCGUACAAGGAGUUGUACUUGCGGACCUUCGAAAAGAGCUAGCGUCAGUAAAAACAGCAGUUGAGAAAAAAACUUUGGAAAUUAUUCAAUUAAAAAACAAGAUUUCAAAGCUAAAUGCUCAGAUAGAUUAUGAGAGUGAAACUGGAAAAAAUGUGUGUCAUAGUUCUAAAGAUAAGUCACAAAUUUUGACUGCCAAUUCUGUCACAGAAAGUGAUACAAAAUUACUGAAACUUACACCUGUCGUUGAUAAGUUAAUCAAGGUGGAAAUGACUAAUAUGUCCAAUGACAUUAAGCAACUGCGUGAAACUAAUAAGAAGUAUCGACAAACUGUAAAAUUGUUGGAGAAGUCUGAAACACAAACCGCAGAAACAAGAAAAGUCAUAUCAAAUUUGCGAACCACUAUUAGGAAUUUUUUGAACCACUAUAGUCGGGCCAUGGUAAAAUAUCAAACGCUAGAAGAUUCAUUGAAAGAUUCUGAGUCUGAGUUAUGUAGACUAAAAGGAAGGCCACAGUUUCCCUCUGUCAUCAGUCACAAUCAUGCUGCAACUGGGGAUGUAAAAAACACAAUUUGUUUUCAGAUAGAUAAAGUUCACGACAUUAUGGUAGAAUCAACACGUAAUUGCAAAGAUUACUCAGUUGAAUCGAAGCCUUUUUACACUUGUACACCUGGUUAUCAUUGUCAAUUCCGUGUUGUUAUAUACAAGAACAUGCUAAAGUUUUAUUUUAGACUAAGGCAUGGUAUCUACGAUAAUGUCUUAAAUUGGCCAUUCAAUAAAACCAUAUGCUUAAAUGUCAAUACAGAUCCUAGCAAACCAAAUCAACGGGAAACAGUUUUAACGGUUAGAACUGACAACAUGAAUUUUGUUCAUACCUGUAAGCCUGUGCUGGAACAGAACAUUGCAUACAAGCAUGAGGACUGUUUCGAUGUCACUCAGUUUGCAAGACGUGAUGACUCGCUGUUCUUUGACUUUGCUAUUGUUUAAUACUUUGGUUAUUGUUUGUUGUGUUUCAUGGCAGAACUUUUUUGUUAAAAAAGAAAAAAUGUUUAAAAAUAUAUUCUGGAAAAACUUUGUUCUUUUGUUUUAUUAUACGUUAUACGUUUUGUUUAUUAUUUAAUAUGCUUUUUGUAUGUCUAUAUUUUCAUCAAAAAAGUCUCAAAAUGUGUUUAAUAAAAAUGCUUCAUUAUUUAAAGUUAUAGAAAAAUAUAUAUUGAAAGACCUCAUUCCAUUCCCACCCUCUUGACCCUUAUAAAAGCUUUAUUAAAGCCCUUUGUUGUUACAUGACACAUCCCUCCUUACACCUUAACAAAUUUUUAAAAAGCCCUUAUACAGCAUUAUUUCUCUAAAACUCUCAUAUGGUUUAUUGAAACCCUUUUUUUGUGCGUUUUUAUUUUCCUUCACCCUUCCUUAAUUUUGGAACUGUUAGUAUUUUUUACGUGAUAUAAAACUCCAUCUAUUUCUAAUUCGUUACAAAAAACCCCAAAAGCUGAUCAAUAACUUUGUCUGUUUUGUAAGAAAAAUAUAUUUUUGAGCUUCUGUUAUUUCUUUAAAAAACGUAUUUUUAUAUUAUAAUAUUAAAGAGAAAGUUCCUAUUGUUUCAGUUUUUAGUAUAUUUAUUUAUUCAUUUUUAAUCAUGAUGUAUCUUAUGGCACAAUUUGGGACCUGGGUUAAAGUUAUCAGAAAAUGCCAACGCUUUCUAUUUUUUCCUUUGCAUUCUAAUGUUGAAAUUUAGCUAAAAAUUGCUUUACUAAAAAGGAAAUGUGAAAUCAAAGAAUGUAAAUAAGGCAAAGAAUGUAAAUAAAAUGAAUCUUCAAAUGCUACAUCCCGCCCAUGUGCCUGAAAUGGAUACCUUGUGUUAUGUAUGGCCAUUAAAAAUGUUAUUUUUUAAUACAUUAUAUAAAAAAACAAAAAUUUAAUAGAAAGGUUUGCCUUAUCAACUAGAA